CUUAAUUAUGUCAUUUAUAGCGCAUAUCUGUGCUGAUCGGCUGGUGAAGAGCUAUGCUGGGCUUGUGGAUACUUGUGGCCAAGCGGUAAUCGAGAUGCUUCAAGCCGGGAUUGUUCCGAUGGGUGCUGUCAAGCCCUUUGAAGUUCCCACAUGCGAACCGACCUAAGAUCUAGAGGAAGUGACAGAAUGGAAUGUGACCGGAUACCGG